GCUGAAUUUGAAGCGAGGGCAGGGACACCGAUGCAGGGGGGAAUCAAGAAAUAGGGAGAAGGGGGGGUUAGGGGUCUGGUAUCCGCGGUACACUUGCCCGUGUGCGUGUCCCUGGUCGUCAUCAUCGUAGCACCUGCAAGCACUCUCGCCAUCGCUUUCGUAUCACAUCAAUCACAUCAAUGACGAGCUCGAUGAACUGUGCUCUGUCUUCCGAACUGACCACCAAGAUCCUCAUAGAGUUACAUUCUACUACUACGUAGCUGAUACUAUUGCUGUCAUCGUUGAAGUACUCGAGCAACGAAAAAGAGGCCACGAUCAGUAGCCCGAAAACGACCUCGAUUCCAGCUCGAUACAUACCGAUCAGACAACCAUGGAGGCUCUAUUCUUCAACGCGUCGAACGGGUUCCUUGAGGGAGUCGUCCGAGGAUACCGAAACUCGCUCUUGACGCAGAACGUGUACAACAACUUGACACAGUGCGAGAACCUGGAAGACUUCCGAUUGCAGCUCUCGGCUACCGAUUAUGGCAACUUCUUGGCCAACGAGCCUUUGCCCCUUUCCACCGCUGUCAUUGCCGAAAAGGCCACUCAGAAGCUCGUAGCAGAGUUCAACUACAUUCGGACCAACGCCGUCGCACCCCUUUCAACAUUUAUGGACUACAUCACCUACUCGUACAUGAUCGACAACGUCAUUCUCUUGACUCUGGGAACAUUGCACGAACGGGACACGCACGAGUUGUUGGAGAGGUGUCACCCGCUGGGCGUGUUUGAUACCAUGCCCGCCCUUUGUGUGGCAACCAACGUCGAGGAACUUUAUAACAGUGUCUUGGUCGACACUCCGCUCGCACCGUACUUCAGGGACUGUCUUUCCGCUCAAGACUUGGACGACCUGAACAUCGAGAUCAUCCGAAACACCCUUUACAAGUCUUACCUCGAGGACUUUUACCAGUUUGUGCAGACGCUCGGAGAGCCUACGAGGGAGAGCAUGUCGAAAGUCCUUGCUUUCGAGGCCGAUCGACGAACCAUCAACAUCACCCUGAACAGUUUUGGUACCGAGUUGAGCAAGGAACAGCGGGCCAAGUUGUUCCCUACGAUUGGCCGACUGUACCCAGAAGGCAACAACGCCCUCGCCCGCGCCGAAGAUGUCGAUACCGUCAAGGCCUGUGUCGAGUACAUCCCCGAGUACAAGGCGUUCUUCGACAACGCUUCGAAAUCGACCGGGUCUGGCGGAGGUGGAGGUAUGAAUGGAGGCGCCGGAGGAGAUGACUCGGAUGGGGCUAGUCUGGAGGACGAGUUUUUCAAGCGGGAGGUCUCGAUCAACCGGGAUACAUUCCUGCAACAGUUUGGGCUGGCCGUCUUUUACAGCUUUGUCAAGCUCAAGGAGCAGGAAGUGCGCAAUCUGACAUGGAUAGCAGAGUGCAUUAUGCAAGAUGCCAAGGACCGCAUCAACGACUACAUCCCAUUGUUCUAGAUGACAGUAUCCGUUGCUUUCCUCUGUAUACGUCGUUUACCGGUUUACUCUUUUCAUGAUCAUGUGUUUGUACGACGAGAGCAGUCUUUGCCUAGAUUUGGAUAGUGGUCAGAGCUAUGAUCACAUCUUAUACCUCGAAAACAGUGUUAUGCUUCCUUCCCAUCGAGCCGGGCUGCAAACGCUCAUCAAGCUCUUCUGGUCAUAUAUAUAUGCUCGUGAUAAUAUAAUAGAUGUCGUUGAGACGCCGUCACUCCCUUCUAUACGAUUCUUAUGCUAAAUGUCCAUCGUCUCUAUCGUCUCAAACCGCCGUUGCCGAGAAGCCUUCUAGCGAAAAGGCGUCAGGACUUCUCAUCGCAUCCAUUACUCUAAGCAAGGUGACGACGUUGUCGUGAUCAGCAGACUGAUCUCGAACUCGGGCCGUAUAAUGCGAUGACUCACUCGAUAAUGCAAGAUCCCACCUC